AUGACGCCCACAAUCCAUUGCGUGCGCCACGGCCAAGCCUACCACAACCUCUCCAUCGCAAACCACAACAUCCACGACCCCCUCCUCACAAAUCUAGGCGAAGAGCAAUCCCGGCGCCUGCUAUCCAACUCCCCAGCCCUGCAAACCGCAGACCUAAUCGUCUCCUCCCCGCUAAAACGAACGCUCUACACCUCCCUCCUCGCCUUCGACUCCCUCCUCGCAGCAAAAGAAACCCGCAUCAUCGCCCUCCCCGAAUUGCAAGAAACCAGCGAUCUCCCCUGCGACACCGGCUCGCCGCUCUACGACCUCGCCACAGAAUUCGCUCAUCAACCCGUGGACUUCUCCCUCGUUAAACCCGACUGGGACAGCAAAAAGGGCAAAUGGGCCCCCUCCGCCUCCGCAAUCGAGAAGCGCGCACAAGAAGCGCGCACCUGGCUCCUGCAGCGGCCGGAGCGCGAAAUCGUCGUCGUCACGCACGGCGGCUUCCUGCAGUACCUCACGUCCAACUGGACGUCGACGAACUGUACCGAGAUUGUGCGGGCGGUCGGGUGGGCGAAUGCGGAGUGUCGGUCGUACGUGUUUAGUUCGGCGGAUCCGGGGACGGCGUGCUUGGUGGAGACGGUGGAGUCGAGGGAGAGGCGGAUGGGGAGGGAGAGGGGGCUGGAUCAUAAUGAGAAGACGCAGCUGAAGCGCACGGCGACGGAGGAGGGGCUGAAGGCGUAA